GGACCGCGUGGGAAUGGUCGGUCCGAGAGUUGGGGGUUGGACCGCUCCGAGCGAAACACAGCAAAAGAGUUUUAAAUGUCCGCCAUGUUGUCCAUGGCGCACUGAACCAACGAUAGGGAGCGGAGCGUCGGAAAAAAACAGUCCGAGAGAGAGCGACCGAGAUCCGGGCCUUCCCCCGGCUCCGCUGGCGACGCCCUAAAUACAAGCUACACGUUAGAUUAGAGAUUAACCGCACAGAAACAUCCAUGAAAGCUCCACUCGGCACCGCUGUGAAUAUUAGGAGACCGGAUAGAUUUAUAUCGCAUCUCGAGUUGUGAAAAAAUGAGUAAAUUGUCGUUUCGGGCGCGGGCGCUGGACGCUUCCAAGCCACUACCCGUCUUCCGUUGUGAGGAUUUACCCGACCUACACGAAUAUGCAUCAAUUAACCGGGCAGUGCCGCAGAUGCCUACGGGGAUGGAGAAAGAAGAGGAAUCGGAACACCAUCUCCAGCGAGCCAUCUCGGCACAGCAGGUCUAUGGCGAGAAGCGGGACAACAUGGUCAUCCCGGUCCCCGAGGCGGAGAGCAACAUCACCUACUACGACUCCCUCUACCCUGGGGACUACAAGAUGCCAAAGCAGCUAAUUCACAUACAGCCUUUCAGCUUGGACACAGAGCAGCCAGACUACGACCUGGACUCAGAUGACGAGGCCUUUGUCAACAAGCUGAAAAAGAAGAUGGAGAUCAGCUACCUGCAGUUUGAGGAGAUGAUCGACCGGCUGGAGAAAGGCAGCGGUCAGCAGGCUGUGAGUCUUCCUGAGGCUAAACUGCUGCUGAAGGAGGACGACGAGCUCAUCAAGGAGGUCUACGACUACUGGAGCCGCAAGAGGAAAAACAGCAAAGCCAACAGUCUCAUCCCCACCGUCAAGCAGGAGAAACGGGACGGCUCCAGCACCAGUGACCCUUACGUGGCCUUCAGACGGCGCACCGAGAAGAUGCAAACCAGGAAGAACCGUAAGAACGACGAGGCGUCCUACGAGAAGAUGCUGAAGCUUCGGCGAGAUCUUAGCCGAGCCGUCACCAUCCUGGAAAUGAUCAAGAGGAGGGAGAAGAGCAAGAGAGAGCUGCUGCACCUCACACUGGAGAUUUUUGAGAAGAGAAACGUCAUGUCAGACUUCGGGGGAGAGGUGAUGGCAGAGGUUCUGGCUGAACGGGCACUGGUGAGGCCACAGAUCAUUCCACUGGUCCCGCUCACCAACCAGUACCGACACCAGGACCACAUGGACCUCAAGGACUACAAGUCCAAGCCGGAGAAGACGGAAAUUCCCCGACCGAAGAGGAAGUACGAGAAGAAGCAGAAAGUGCUGCCGUUGUCGUCGGGCACCUCCCAUCACGCAGGUCCUGUUGUCUUCAACGCCAAGGACCUGAACCAGUACGACUUCCCCAGCUCGGACGACGAGCCCUUCUCCCAGCUGCACUCAGGCUCUUCAGAAGCAGAGGAGGAGAACGACCCAGAUGGCGUCUAUGCCUUUCGCAGGAAGGCAGGCUGCCAGUACUAUGCUGCUCGUCAGGACCGCGUGGGCAGCUGGCCGUGGUGCGCCCCCUGGGAGGACGGUUUGGCAGAAGCUCGCUUUCGCUACAGUCUCACUACGCUCACGGUGCCGCGCCGGUGCCUGGGCAUGGCCCGACGGCGCGUGGGACGAGGCGGCAGGGUGUUGCUGGACAGGGCACACACGGACCACGACAACAUUUUCCACGGACUGGACCUGGAAAUGCUCGACCUGCCUCUUCCCUCUUCUCCCGCUCCUCCUUCACCUCCUCCCGCUACUACAACUACUUCACGCUCACCGGCCACCGACAAGUUUGCCAGUACCUCAGAAUCAAAUACCUCGGACAGAAGUUCCUCCUCCUCCUCCUCCUUCAACUCCUCUCUCCCCCCUUCCUCCCCCACUCCCACGGACCUCAGUCAGAUACUGUUGAAUAUUAAGUCGUGCCGAUGGAGGCACUUUAGACCACGGACACUACCACUACACGAGCUGGACAAUGCCCACCCGCUAUUCAGGAGGUUGAGCCGAGUCCUGAAGCGCCCAGUCUCUGGGGGACAGCCCUGUGGCCCUCAGCGCCCGGUGAGGGUCGUCCCUCCACCCCCACCCAUUGCUGCUUUAACAGCUGAACAGUACCAGCAGCAUCAGGAGCAGCUGGCCCUGAUGCAGAAACAGCAGCUGGAGCAAAUCCACCUGCAACAGCAAGCCAACAGCACCGCCACUGCCAACAGCACACAGGGCCUGGCGAACACGUUGGACCAGGCCAGCGCUCAGUUCGCCGCCUCGGCCCUCGUCACCGCCGACCAACUCCUGGCUCUGAAAUCCAAGGAGGAGCUCGCCCUGGGAGGCGGAGUCAACGGCGUCCUCUCCCCCUCAGGUGUCUACAAGGGCUUGAACCUCACGAGCACAGCGUCCCCUUCCCCCGCCGCCCCGGCUCCUCCCACCACUACUCUGACACCCGCCUCGCUCCAGCCCUGCACCACCACCACCACCGCCACCAGUAACAACAACGGCACCGCCCACCCCGCCAGCACCACUACCACUAACGCCGCCGCCGCCGCCGCCACUCAGGUCCUGCUGGGAAACAACAACAACAACAGCCUCCGUCUGGGGGUCCCCGCCGGCAAGCGCAUCCACGCCCCCCGGACGCUGAGCUCCACCAUGUCGACAUCCGCCUUAAAGCUCGCCCACACAGCUACCGCCAACUGUCAGAAGCCCAAGGUCACUACGGCGUCGGCCUCGCCGCUCGACAUGGUGCCCAGGGAGAAUCACGAACAAGACAAGCCAGCACUGAACAGUUUAUCAGAGAACACAGUGGCCAUGGAGGUGACGUAGCCUCUCGUCCACAGCUCGGUGGAAGCGUGACUUCUUCUGUUCUUUUUUCUUUUUCUUUUUUUUUUUUUGUUGGUGCUAUGCAUCAUUCGUUAGUCGUGGAUGCAAGAGAGCGGCGGCGGCGGAAUGAGCAAGGCUGGGUUUCCAUGGCAACAGUUUUGGGACUUGACUGCAAUGCUCGUCUCGUAAAGUUUUUGUUUUUUUGUUGUUUUUUUUCCUCCCCAUUUUCUUAUUUGUUACUGUUAAUAAGAGAUCGUCUGUAAAUUCUUAAUAUGGCAAUUAUAUGUACAGUACUGCAUAUUUGUAAUGCCCCUCCCCUUCCACGCCCCCCCCACCUCCUCCGAUUCCCCCACCAUUCUUGUAUAUAACAUUACUUGAAUACAGAAUUGUUCAUUUGUGAUGUUUUGCACUCGAGAUAUUAAAAAAAAAACAACAAAAAAAAACGAGACAAAAAAAGAGAAGAAAAAAACGAAAUUAAAAAGAGAAAACGACAAACUGCAACUGGUGCGAGUGUGAGAGUUGUACCACAGAAAAAAUGUACGUCAUCACAUGCAUGGUGCAGAACCUGCUGUUUGAUCUAUUUAUUGUGCCGUGUUUACAAAGUUUAUUUCCCCCCACCCCCACCCCCCCCCCCCCCCCCCCUUUACACCUUUUUAUUUUUUAAAAUCUUUUUUUUUUUUUUAUACACUGUACCCCUCACCAGCCCCCCCCUCCCCUCCCUCCCUCCCUCCUCCCUGUGCUGUAGUCAGUGUUUAGAUCGAUUUAAAACAAAAAAAGAAAAGAAAAAAUGUAUUUUUUUAUAAAUUUGGUUUCUUGGAUGUUGUGCCCCCCCCCCCCCCCCUCCACUCCCCCCCCACCUCCCUCUCCCCCUCGAGGGCGUUGUUCCCAUGUGUCACGUUCAAUCCACGGCGUUCACACAGAUUCAGGCGCAGGGGUGGGUAGAAGAUGACGAGUGUGAAGUUGUUGUAGGCAUCAGUUUGUGAGUGAGUGGGUUAAUGGCUCCACCAAGCUCUUCCAUUCAUCUAUUAUUAUUCCUGAGACAAGUAACAAAACAAUGGGGAUGAAGACUCUGCUGCUUCUGACUUAUCUAAGCACUAUAUAAUUUGUUUUAAUUGAUAAUUGAUGCUGCUUUUGUAUAAUAUAUUUUUUUUUUUUUUCGGCCCUCUGGUUUGCACCAGAUGGGUUUUUUGUUUUCUCAAAAAGAUAAUCCCCCCACAUCUCCUUAAUUAUUAUUUUUUUAAAUAAAUAUUUUUGUAUGUCCCAUUUUCCUUUUUUUUUUUUUUCUUUUAAAUUUCCCUCUGAAAAGACUUCAUUCUUUUGUUACUUGUUGGUCUCAAAAAAAUAACUAUAAGGGAGUAAAAAAACUAAAAUAUAAAAAAAAAAACAUGCAGUAACUGACAUUAAUUAUCAUUCCAGCUUCUGUAUAAUAAGAAAAAAAUGUGUAUGAAUUGAAGAAAAAAAGUUUUCUCUACUUUUAAAAACUCUCCAGAAGGCUGAAAGGCCAUGAACCACAAGUUAUCGGGUGCCUUCAUUUGGGAAAAAAGAAAAAAAAAAAAAAAAUAUGACAAAAAAAAAACAAAUCGCUCUCUUCUGUGAAGAGUUUGGUACUGAACAAGGCUACUUGUAGUUUUUCUUUGUCUGUACCACAACCCCAAUGCCCAUUCCAAUGGCCCAGUUGAUUCAUGACUUUUUGUUUCGUUUUUGUUGACCCUUCCACCACCACCACCAACACACAUACAUAACACAAACACACACACACACACACACACACACGGGAAAGACUAAGAAUCCUCUUGAAUUGUCACAAAAUGAAAUAAAAAUCCAGGGCAUUAUGUGUUUUGA